AUGACGCAGUUUUUAAUCAUCAACGUUCCUCUUGGCGUCUUCAUCCUCGCCAUGAACUUGUUUUUUCUGUUUUGCCUGGGAUGGCCACAAGGCACCGAUAGACUCAAGCAGCCUUUGAGGUUCCUCUUGGAGCUUCUCAUCGGAUCCUCCUCUGUGUAUCCCGUCUUCUUGACGCUGACCUUCUUGAUGAUGGGCAACAACAAGUAUGGGUUGGUGCUUUUCUUUAUGCUUCGGUACUCUGUCAAUAUCAGCAUGAGCGGCUAUGUUUGGCUCAGCUUCUACUACUUCGCCCACAUUGUCCCCGCACGCCGCGCUUUCUUCGACUGGCUGAAGAGGAACAUCAAGGUGACCAUUUUCAUGGUUCUUCUUCUUGAUUGCCUCGUUUAUCUUCACGACAACGUUGUGGAGAUUGCCAUGGUUCUAAUUUCCAAGCCUGCGGUCUUCACCGACGACUACAACGUGACGAGGGACCAGAUUCCUGACAACAACGGGACGUGGGACCAGAUUCCUGACAACGGGACGUGGAAACAGAUUCCUGACAAGAACGUGAUGUGGAACCGGAUUCCCAACAGUUCUCAGCUGAAGCUUUAUCGCUUGGUUGUUUACAUCAUCACCAGGGUUCACAUGCUGACCAGUUUGUGCCUGAUGAUCUUCUCAAACAUCACCACCCUGCGAUACCUGCAGGGUCACAUGAGAACGAUGACACAGAACGGCAUUUCGGUUUCCAGGUCCAGACUUCGGAGCUGGUUGAGAGUCUGCGCGACCGGCAUUUGUCAGUGCGUGAUCUUCUUCAGCUGUGCAGUUUUUAUUCUCCUGGAGUCGAUCACCAUUGAAUAUGCGGCGUUUUACUUUGGGACCGCCGUCCUUUCCACGGUCACCACUUUGUACAUAUUCGGGACCACCAUCAACCUGGCCGUCGGUCAAACUGUGUAUCGGCAAAGGGCAGUGGCGCUAAGGCGGGUGCUCGGAUCCCUGUGCAGCGUUGGCACGGCAACAGUUGAUCCGACUUCUGAAUCAGCUGACAUGGCAAAUAGUGGAAGUGUUAAACGAUGAUUUGUUCAUCUAAAAACUGUUCAGUCCUUGUUCUGUUGGUCUUUCAUUUACAUGUUCACUUUCCUAGAAACCGAUACUGUCGCUACAACUUUAUUUGCAUCUCGGUUGGCAUUUGUGUGCUGGCACCAGUCAUGUUCCGAUCCAUACUGAAAUAUCGAUACCGCCGAUACCAGAUAUUUAUGCUCGAAUAUCGAUUCUCAAAUCAAAAUAUCGAUAAUUUUGAUACUUUAGUUCAAACUUUUCCCACCAAGGGCUGCAUACUGAAAAGUCAAAGUACGCAAGACAGUUUUGUUAUUAUUUAAAGUGCCAUAGUACAAAGCAAUAUUUAAAACAAUAAAAGAGAUAAAAUAGGAACAAAGGUAUCUCUGGAGGUCGCUCAACGUUACGAUAGUCCAGGUCUCGUAUUUGAACACAAAUUGAAAUUACUCAUGUCCCGCCAAACUCUACAUAUCUGCGGUUACAUGUUUCAAAUGAAUAAAUAAAGCUAUACUUACGUACAUUUUAAAGUCUCUCUUCACUUUGCAUAGCGCCGCCAUGUUGAAAAUAUUUGUUCAGAGCUGGACAUGCAAAGGAUCUUGGGAUACCGAGGGGUGCGAAGGAUACUCGACAUGUACACUAAUGGAAGAAAAGGACACAUCUGUCGGUUGGAUUCGCAGGACACUUGGAGCUUGUUGGGAUUGGGACUGCCUUCGUGCCCCGCUGUCACGUCCACAAAUGUGCACUGUCAAGGAAUUGAGACGCAGCUAAAGUCAACAAU